UCCUCCCUACCGAAAUAUUCUGACACCAACAGAGGAGAGGAGAGAACCAGCAAGCGUACGCCAUGGCGGGCACGAACCAGGGCGUGGUUGCGGUGAAGCCGACGCUGGCCAAGGGGACGCCGUCGGCUUCGUUCCGGCUCCGCAACGGCAGCCUGAACGCGGUGCGCCUGCGCCGCGUGUUCGACCUCUUCGACCGCAACGGCGACGGCGAGAUCACGGUGGACGAGCUGGCGCAGGCGCUGGACGCGCUGGGCCUGGACGCCGACCGCGCUAGCCUUGCCGCCACCGUGGGCGCCUACGUGCCCGAGGGCGCCGCGGGGCUGCGCUUCGAGGACUUCGACACGUUCCACCGCGCGCUCGGCGACGCCUUCUUCGGCGCGCUGGCGGACAAGGACGACGCCGCGGAGGGCGGCAAGGGGGGCGAGGACGAGGAGGAGAUGCGGGAGGCCUUCAAGGUGUUCGACGUCGACGGCGACGGCUUCAUCUCCGCCGCUGAGCUGCAGGAGGUGCUCAAGAAGCUGGGACUCCCCGAGGCCAGCAGCAUGGCCAACGUGCGGGAGAUGAUCUGCAACGUCGACCGCGACCGCGACGGCCGCGUCGACUUCAGCGAGUUCAAGUGCAUGAUGCAGGGGAUCACCGUCUGGGUUUAAUUCAGCAACUCUUUUCUUAUGGGUUUAAUUCUUUGCCCGUGGAGUUAACUGAUUAUGCAAUAGCACUACUUUUC